AUGUACACGCAGCUCAGUGACACGAGCGCACGUCCAAGAUGUGGAAGCCAACUCAUGUCAGCUUUAUUUGAUGUAGAUCCUAUCAAAUCAGACAAUGGCCUUGCAUUAACACAAUCAUCGCCUCCGCCUGAUGGGACUCGAAAUGCAAUUGAGUUCUCUGGCUUCGAGAAACAUGGGCGGAUCUUCGGAUUCGUCGUCGACCUGAAGGAGUCGCUUGUUCGCCAAGACUGGGUGUUAGAGUACAGCCUCUUCCUCAACCCCACAUUAACCCCUUGUCAUCCCCUUGCCAUGCGUCAUCUCCUCCCCACACCAUCCAGCCUCCCCCCCUUCCCCAUUUUCCUGACGACGCACCGUCUCCACUCCCCACGCAAACCCAUCAUCCACACCUCCUUGCAACCCCAUGAUCCACACCUCCUUGCAACCCCAUCAUCCACACCUCCUUGCAAACCCAUCAUCCACACCUCCUUGCAACCCCAUCAUCCACACCUCCUUGCAACCCCAUCAUCCACACCUCCUUGCAACCCCAUCAUCCACACCUCCUUGCAACCCCAUCAUCCACACCUCUUUGCAACCCCAUCAUCCACACCUCCUUGCAAACCCAUCAUCCACACCUCCUUGCAACCCCAUCAUCCACACCUUCUUGCAACCCCAUCAUCCACACCUCCUUGCAACCCCAUCAUCCACACCUCCUUGCAACCCCAUCAUCCACACCUCCUUGCAACCCCAUCAUCCACACCUCCUUGCAACCCCAUCAUCCACACCUCCUUGCAACCCCAUCAUCCACACCUCCUUGCAACCCCAUCAUCCACACCUCCUUGCAACCCCAUCAUCCACACCUCCUUGCAACCCCAUCAUCCACACCUCCUUGCAACCCCAUCAUCCACACCUCCUUGCAACCCCAUCAUCCACACCUCCUUGCAACCCCAUCAUCCACACCUCCUUGCAACCCCAUCAUCCACACCUCCUUGCAACCCCAUCAUCCACACCUCCUUGCAACCCCAUCAUCCACACCUCCUUGCAAACCCAUCAUCCACACCUUCUUGCAAACCCAUCAUCCACACCUCCUUGCAACCCCAUCAUCCACACCUCCUUGCAACCCCAUCAUCCACACCUCUUUGCAACCCCAUCAUCCACACCUCCUUGCAACCCCAUCAUCCACACCUCCUUGCAACCCUCCACACCCACCCCUGCAUCCAUCCACACCUCCUUGCAACCCCAUCAUCCACACCUCCUUGCAACCCCAUCAUCCACACCUCCUUGCAACCCCAUCAUCCACACCUCCUUGCAACCCCAUCAUCCACACCUCCUUGCAACCCCAUCAUCCACACCUCCUUGCAACCCCAUCAUCCACACCUCCUUGCAACCCCAUCAUCCACACCUCCUUGCAACCCCAUCAUCCACACCUCCUUGCAACCCCAUCAUCCACACCUCCUUGCAACCCCAUCAUCCACACCUCCUUGCAACCCCAUCAUCCACACCUCCUUGCAACCCAUCAUCCACACCUCCUUGCAACCCCAUCAUCCACACCUUCUUGCAACUCCAUCAUCCACACCUCCUUGCAACCCCAUCAUCCACACCUCCUUGCAACCCCAUCAUCCACACCUCCUUGCAACUCCAUCAUCCACACCUCCUUGCAACCCCAUCAUCCACACCUCUUUGCAACCCCAUCAUCCACACCUCCUUGCAACUCCAUCACCCACACCUCUUUGCAACCACAUCAUCCACACCUCCUUGCAACUCCAUCAUCCACACCUCCUUGCAACCCCAUCAUCCACACCUCCUUGCAACUCCAUCACCCACACCUUCUUUCUGGAACGAAAGCUGGAAUUUUUGGCGGAAAAAUAA